GGCGGAAGUUUGAUGGCGUCAGCUGGCGGGUUGUGCGCAUGCGCGCUGCGUCAAAGAAUGGGUUGACGCGCGGACUGUGGAUCCGUUGGUCGUUUCGCGGUGGAUUUCCUACAGGCUCGAUACCUGCGGUCAACCGCUGGUUCGACCACGUUAUCUGCAGCAUUUUAACUGCUAGCCGUUAAUCCUCCAGCCUUCCGCUGUUUGAGGUGUGCGCUAAAGUUAGCCGGGAAGCUACACCAGUAGCUAACUUUAGCAUUACCGGAAGUUGUAACAAACGUCUAGGUGAACAUAGCUCAGUUGAGUGAACACGUCACAGUACUAAAGUUCCUGUUAAAGUUCAUCUGUACCUGUGUUUGUUAACCUGUGGAGACCUCAGCAGAUAAGUGAACACUAACUACUGAUACCUGGUUCUGGUAUUAAGAAGAAGAAGAUGUUGUCAGAUGUAGAGGUGGAGGGGUCAGACAGAGAAGGUAAGAGAAGAAGAGCUCUGUCUCUGGAGGACUGCCGAUGUCCGGUGUGUUUGGAGAUCUUCUUGGAGCCUGUGACGCUACCCUGCACACACACCUUCUGCAAGGUGUGCUUCCUGGAGUCGGUGGACAAAGCCACCCUCUGCUGCCCCCUGUGUAGAAGGAGGGUCUCUACCUGGGCCCGUCUGAACAGCAGGAAGAACUCUCUGGUGGACCAGACUCUGUGGGACCAGAUCCAGACCUGCUUCCCCCUGCAGUGUCAGCGCCGCCUCACCGGGCAGGAGGAGGAGGAGGAGCCUGGAGUAUCGGUUUGUUUUCCCAGAGUGAGUCAGCCUGGAGAGCUGAAACAGGAAUAUGAGAACCAGGUCACCAAACUGAUGGAGGAGAAGCGAUUCCAUGAGGAGGAGGAGAGAAAGGCCAGUGAGGACUUUAUCCAGAGGCUGCUGGCUGAGGAGGAGAAGCUGAGGCAGGAGGAGACGAGGAGACGAGAAGGAGAUGAGAAGCUGGCUCGUCUCCUCAGCAGCCAGCUUAACUCUGCUCCUGUCUCUCAAGAGACUUUUGGUCCUCCUCCCAUCACUCCAGCCAAGAAGAAGAAGAAGGAGGAGGUGGUUGGUGGAGGACAGAUGAAGAAGUUUCUUUUUCCCCUUCCUUCCAACAACGUCUCCUCACCCUGCAGCUUCAUAUCAAACAAGGAGAACAUUCUCCAUAAGGUGGAGCGCCCCCCCCCCUGAACCCUCGGUUGAUCUCCAUCAUCAAGAGCCAGGAGAGGGAUCCUCUGAGCCGGAGACGUUAGAGGAGGUGACCAGCUGGGGCUGUCCCUCCUCUCCUGAGGUGGUGACGGCGGCCUCUAUAGAGGUUGCUGGGUUGGAGGCGGAGCUUCUGUGCAGACAGCGGCAGGAGGAGGAGGACCGCAGGUUAGCUUUGCUCCUGCAGAAGGAGCUGGACCAGGAAGAGAAGAAGACAGCCACCAACCGACGUAGAGGAUCCUCAGACCCCUACUUGCUCCGUCACCACAGCAGGCGUGAGAUGAAGGCCGGCACCUCUGACACGCCCACCCGACCCACCCAAAGGACUACGAAGACCUCCACCCCCCUCUCCUCAUCGAUGAAGACUAAAGACCACUCGUCCUCUACAAAUACCUCCACCCCCUCCUACAGCAGCACUAAACAAGCCACCCUGACGGAAAUGUUCUUCAGAGCUGCUGAUUCUUCUCCUGUGUCCCAGUAGAUCCUCCAAAUGCUUUUUAACUUGGGCAUUGCACUAAUCUUCUCUCUAGUGCUGAUAACAGAGCAAAAGGACAUCUGUUGUGUCUGGUGAAACACAUGUCAUCGGUACCUUUUCUAAGAAAUAAAACACCUCUGUUUAUGUUGUUUGAGAAUUUUACAGUGUUUGUUAAUUUUUGGUGUUAGUGUUUUCUUAGAUUAAAGGUGAGUUUGAUCAUA